AUUUGAUGAAGUGAAUGAAAGAACAUCCUGAUCACAGCAACACACAUUGAGCAACCAUGGCGCCGCCGCUUGGCUGGGAGCCCAGCGCUCAGACAACUCAUCCCAUCGAAUCAGAUCGAUUGCCUCAAGAAGUCGUUGCUUGCUUGAGAAACGCGAGAUUUCUCCAUCUGGCAACAUGCACCAACAACGUCCCACACGUAUCUCUCAUGAACUACACCUACCUGCCUUCGCACCCAUUCCCUAGCUCAUCAAACCUCCCAUCUGGACCAACGAUCAUCAUGACCUCGAACCCAAGCUCAAAGAAAACUCUCAAUCUUCUCUCAAAUCCUCACGUCUCAGUCUGCAUACACGAUUGGGUAUCCUCCCGACCUCCAAAUACAUUAUCCGGCGCCGACCGCGAACGAAGCCCAGCAGGUGGACCUCGAAGCAGUCUUGCAGCCAUGCUUAUGCAAAUGAACAGCACAGCCGUCUCCUCAAACAGCAUCACAAUCAAUGGCGAAGCCCAUGUCCUCGAAGCCGGGUCUGAAGAGGAGAAGUGGUGCAAGGAACAGCAUUUGGCGAAUAACACUUUUGAGGAUACGAAUGGUCAGGCAAAUGCUGCUGCGGAGCUUUUUGGCACGAGUCCUGCUCAAGCUGGAGGUGGAAUGAUGCAAACCGGAGAUAGUGGCAAGGGAGCAUACAUUGAGAAUGAGGAUGCGAGAGUUGUGGUUGUGAGGAUUCGGGGUGGAAGGAUAUCGGAUUGGAAGGGCGGGGUCCAGGAUUGGGCGAUUUCGACAGACAGUAACACUUCCAGAGCGGUCGCAGUAUUCAUAUCCAUAUUCGACAAGCGUGGCGUGUGGAGUUGGCGUACGGAGAUGGCGUCCUUGGAGUUGGAACGGCAAAAAAUGUUGAGUCAAACUGAAGUACGGAUAUUCAAGUAUGAUCAUGGAAAUACCAUGGAUCUUUCAGGCUUCUCAAAUCUUCAGUGUCUCAUGUCAUAGCCAACAACACAAGGCUGACGCAAGCAAUUUCUCAAUAUCAUUACUGUAUGGGGUAUCUUGAAAGCAACGCCGCAGCCCAACCAGAUAUGCCCACGGGUCUCAUCUUAAGCUCACAUACACCUCC